CCCAUCCUCCUCGACGUCUACGCCAAGUGGUGCGGCCCCUGCCAGAUGAUGGCGCCGCAGCUCGCCAAGGCCGCGGAGGAGCUCGGCGCCGCCGCGCGCGUCGCCAAGGUCGACAGCGACCUCUACGAGGCCCUCGCGUCGACGCUCAACGUCGGCGGCCUGCCGACGGUCAUCCUCUUCAAGGGCGGCAAGGAGGUCGACCGCGUCGAGGGCGCGCUCAUGAAGGACCAGCUCGUCGCCUUCGCCAAGAGC